CCAAGUAGCUCCUAGCUAGAUCUAACACUAAUUACCCUGCAAUUUCUCAUAAAAUAGUUUAUUCCCCGAAAAAUUCAAAACAAGAAAGCUCAGUUUCCUCUCUAUCUCUAUCAAUGGCGUCUCCCGCCACAAUCGCUCUGAUCCUUGUUCUGUUACAUUCGUUUAGAAUUGAAGCAGAAGAGAUAAAAUCAGCACGCCUCCUCGAUCUCAUGAUCCGCGACUACACAUUCAAAUCCUACACCAAGAAUUUCCGCACAGGAAAGCUCCACAAGAUCAAUCUUCCUUCGAAUCUCUCCGGCAUACACGUGGACACGGUACGGCUCCGCUGCGGCAGCCUGCGCCGCUACGGAGCCACGAUAAAAGAAUUCGAGCUCAGCGCAGGCACAUACGCCCGCCCCUGCUCCAAAAGAAUUCUAAUAAUCCGGCAAAAGCUGGGAUCGAACUGGUCGUCGCUCUAUUACUCGAAUUACGAGCUCUCCGGGUACGAGCUCAUAUCCCCAGUGCUAGGCCUGCUGGCCUACAACAUCGGGGCGGCCGCGGAGAUCCGGCUCCAGGCCGGGAUGAGGCCGAUCCGGAUUGACUUCAGCGGCGUGGCUGAGGGGAAUGGGAUGAUUCCAAUGUGUGCGAGGUUUGAGGAGGAUGGGAGAGUGAGUGUGUGGAGGCAGCCGAGGGCGAACGUGUGUGUGGCGACGGGGCAGGGGCAUUUUGGGGUGGUGGUGGAGGCGCCACUGGUGCCGCUGAGGAGGAGGGCGGGGAAGUGGAGGAUGGCGGUGGGGGGGGCGAUAGGGGCGGGGGUGGGGGUGUUACUGCUGAGCCUGCUGGGGGUGGCGGUGGUGGUGAAGGCGAAGAAGAAGGAGAGGAUGGAGGAGAUGGAGCGGAGGGCGUAUGAGGAGGAGGCGCUGCAGGUGUCCAUGGUGGGGCAUGUGAGGGCGGUGACGGCUUCGGGGACGAGGACUAUGCCUACCAUCCACCACCACCAUGACUCUCGACCUCCUCAUCGCUCAUCCAGUUCCUAGACAUCAUUUUUUUUUAGUUUUUAUGUUUUGUUUGUAAGUGUAAGGUAACGUUAAUUAGGAUUAUUGAUGAUUUAAUUAUAUCUGCAAGAGGUUUAUAGUUGCAGCAUAGGCGUUAGACAGGUAGAUUCUCCUACUUAAUUUGUUCAUCACUUGGUGCGGAUUUUGAGAAUAGAAUUUCUGAUUUAGA